AUGUCAUCAUACGUAUAUCAUGAUGAAUUCAACGAGAUCUCCAACAAAGUAGAUGUCCAAAUAAAUGAAGCCCAAUGUAAAAUAGUUCACGAAGAUCAUGAAAUCAGUUCCACUGUAACCCAAAAGAAAUUUACAGAAGGCAGUAAAAUCGAGAAAAUUCUUACAUUUUUGCUUAAAUACAACGCCAAAAAAAUUACACGUCAAAUUAGUCAGGGAAUUCAUGAUACCAAAAUGCAGUUAAUAUCAGACAGUCAGUUGGUACUCUCACUACCAUCAUCUCUAUACCCACGUCAUUCGGAUGUCCUCUAG